AUGCCCGAAGGAGGUAGAAAGAUUUCUAGAAGAUUUUCAGUGCCUCCCAACACGGUAAAGAAAAAACGACGAUGUAGAAAAAGAAAAACGACGUCGAAAAAUCGGAUGAGCACCUCGUCAGCCGAGAGCAGAUUCUUUACCAGCGAAAGCUUUGAAGACUAUGGUAUUAACGACAGAGAAACGGAAACCCUUGUUUCAUCUUCGAGGAGCUUCUCCACUGAUUCUCCCUCAGAGAUGUUCAACAACAACUUAAAAAUUAUACUGGAAACAAAGCCUACAUGGCAAAGCAAGAAGAAACCAAAGAAAAUUAAGAAGACAAGAAGAUACGCUAUAAGAUUUUCGUCAUCGAAGAGCAAAUCGCCAAUGAGGUUGUCGAGCUUCUUGCAACGGAUGAUACCAUUCACGGUGGAUGACAGAGCAAGGGAGAGUUUUGUGGUGGUGAAGAAAUGGGAGUUUUGUGAUGUCAAAUCUCCAACUUUUCUCAGGUAA